GUGUAGAUGUGGUGCAGAGGUAAAGCUACACGUGAAGUUUUCAGCGCUAGUAGUGAAUCGAGAACUAUUCGAGGAGAAACUUCGCGACUCGACAAUUGAGGACGAGAUCGCAUUGAUAUUUUUGUAACUUCCUUGUCUGUUCAGAUAGAGAGAUCACUGUGGUUUUAACAAGGUCUGACUAGAUCAUGGGUGAUGGAUUUUGUGGUGUGUUUGAAAGACUCGGUGUAGAGCCAAGAUAUGAUUGUGUAUUUGGGAUUUAUGACUUUCCUUGUUUUGUCUGUUUCUUGCACGGAAGCUCGUCUAACGCCGUGAUGCUUCGCGAUUGUUGUAAAGGAACAAUAUGUAAGAACUGUCUGCAGUGUCAUAUUGGCGAGAAAGUUAGCCAAGGAAUCAUCAAAAUCAUAUGCCCACUUGAAGACUGCGAUAGAAUUUUACUAGAAGACGAGAUCCAGACAAUCGCGAGUGAGGAAAUCUGGAGAAAAUAUGAGAAAUUUAAAACGGAUAUUGAGCAAAACCCUAAUAUCAAGACCUGUCCGAAUUGCUCUAGGAUUUACAGGCGAGAACCGGUCAAACAAGAUGAGCGUGUAAAUGAAAAACAAACCGAAACAAAGACAAAAACAAAAGAGAAAAAUAACGAAGAUUGUAAAGUAGUUUGUAGGGAGUGUAAAUUCGUGUGGUGCUAUGACUGUCAAGCACCGUGGCAUUAUGGUAUAAGCUGCAAAGAGUUCUGCCAGGGAGACAAAUCACUGAAAAUCUGGGCAAAAAAUCGAGGAGCGCCCACAAGAAAUGCUACUAGAUGUCCAAAAUGUCAGGUGUUUAUUCAGAAGAAAGCCGGCUGUGAUCACAUCACUUGCAGUAGGUGCAUGACUGAAUUCUGCUAUCAAUGUGGGAGGCGUUUCCGUGGUAUCCGUUUCCUUGGUGACCACCAUGACCCAUUGAGUGUGUUUGGGUGCAAGUACAACUAUAAGCCUGAUAACCCCACACAGAGAAUGGCUGCUAGAUGUGCCGUGCUCAGUGCUAAGGUCUUGGCAUUACCACUCAUGGCGGGUGUGGCUGCAGGGGCAGGUUGCGUGGUACUUGGUGCAGGCGUUGUUAUAGCACCAGCAUAUGUCUCUUACAAGAUGAUAAAAAAGAGAAAGAAACCAGCAAUGAAGGCCUAUUGUAAAUAACUCAAGUUACACAACAUUUCUUCAUUUUACAGGGCGGUAGCAGGGCGAGGGGGUUGAAGCCCGCCACAGCUUUGUUUUUGCUCUGAAAGCCUACAUAGCUAUGAUGAACUGAGCUGGAUUUACCAGACUCACUUCAAGCUAAAGCAAGUUUUUGAGAGAAAAUGGUCCUGCUUACAUGAGAGGUGUUUGUUUUUGAACACAUUAUAGCGAUUCUCAUUACAUUGCGACCCGUCGCCUUGACAUUCUAACAGUGCUUUUGUUUAGUUAAUGGACGUCAUUCAUCCGCGUUUCCAUAACGAUUGUAGUUUCGCAGUCAACUUCAUUUGUUUAUGAGAUUGAGAAUUGAAGUGCGUGAGUGGUUUGACUUAAAUGAUCAGCUGAAAUUCAGGGGCGGAUCCAUGAUUUGAACAUGGGGGUUUAAAUUUUAAAUGCAAUAGCUAAAACCAAAGCCUUGUUGGGGCGUUUGUGGUCAGGACAUCAGCACUGGUUGAUGUUUGGUCUUAGAAAAGGGGGGGGGGGGUGAAAAUUCACCCCCCUGGAUGCGCCCCUGAAAUUGCUUCAAAACGUUUGGAACAAGGCACGAACAGUGCAGGCAAAAGACUCACAGGAAUUAGAGCAAGUGAUGAUCAAUUAGCAGGUCGCUAAAUCAAAUAUUAUCUGAACAAGAUGAAAUCAUCGCCGAUUAACCGUGGCCGUUUCUUGACUUGCAUGACAGCGAUCGAAUCUUGAAGGAAGAGUUUCGAAGCUUUCUAUGUGAGAUGACUGGCAAAACUUGAACCUCGAAUGUUUUGUAAUAUAUUUUUUACCCUUUUAUGAGAACUGAAUGUUUGCGUUUCUUUACUGUGUUGUCAAAUGUGGAUCUCGGGUCCUGGGUAAAGUCGACUACACCUUUCGAUACACGAAACAAAUGAAGUCUGCCCUAAUCGUUAUGGAAACGCGGAUGAUUGACGUCCACGAACUAACUAAAUCACCGUUAGAAGGUCAGGGCGAAGGGUCGCGAUGUAUGGGUAAUUUUUCAUACUAGCAAAAUACCAAGUGUUCAAAAGCAUCUGUUUCCAUCAGCUGAUUUGCAACAACGAAAGUGUGUCUGGAUUGGGGCACCAACAUAGUCUACAGUAUGAGGGUUAAAGUUUGGGAUUCGUUAAAAAAGAUUUCGAACCAUACAAUAAACUUACAUUACAUUUAUUUUAAUUGCUUUACAUUACAUUUAUUUUAAUGCAGCUUUAAAAGUUCACAGUUGUGUGCAAUGGUAAACUUUUAUCAAAACUAAGACCAAACAUGUAUAUAAAUCUUUCACUAGAUGUAAAAGAGCUGUACACUAAUUAUUUUUUUCUUUACAUUUAAUUUCAUAAAGGUACAGAGACAAACAGAAUAAUGCGCAAAAUAAAUUAAAAAGAGGUUCACAGAACACUGAUGUCCUGGAGGCUGUAGUUAUUCUGCCGAGUGAUAAUUGAUGUUACUGGAGUUAAAAUACUAAAUGCCAAGUUUCCUGAA